AUGAUAUCGACCCAUUUGCUGUGUGGUUCAGCUACACCAAUGAUGAGGCAUCCUGUAUGUCUGAGAACUACCCAUUAUGGACUAUAUUUUUUAAAGAGAGGUAUAUCCACAUCUGUCAUCAAAAGGAAUAAUGCACAUAUUAAUACAGCUCCAGUUGAAUUUCAGUCUAAUAGAUCUAUUAGAAAUACCUUCCUAAAUAAAGAGAAGGCCCUUGAAAUGGCUAUUCGUUGUACCGAUGAUAUUACUGAUCCUAAGGAGAGCGGGAUUAAUAAAACAGUUGCAGUUAAUGCAAGUUUACCAUUUGAAGUGAAACCCCUUGAUGCCUCAGCUCGCAGAUUACGAAGAAAAAAAAGUAGAGAAGCCCAACCAGUGACAUUUAAUUCGAUAAAGAAACAGGUGAUUGAUCCUUAUGUGCAAUUGACAAAACCACGAUUGACUAUUUUAGUAAUGUUAAGUGCUAUUUGUUCGUAUGCUUUAUCACCAAACGCAGCAUCAGUAUCACAAUUACUCAGUUUGACUGUUGGGACUACUUUAUGUUCAGGAGCUGCUAAUGCUAUUAAUAUGGGGAGAGAGCCAGAAUUUGAUCGUCAAAUGACGAGAACACAGACAAGACCUGUGGUUACUGGGCUGGUUACUUCAAAGCAAGCCUUUGAAUUUGCAUCAAUAAUUGGAUCCAUUGGUGUGUCUACUUUAUACCUCGGAGUUAAUCCAGUAGUUGCUGCUUUAGGUGCAGCUAAUAUCGGUUUGUAUGCAUGGACAUAUACUUCUUUAAAGAGAAAGCACAUUAUAAAUACUUGGAUUGGUGCCAUUGUUGGUGCUAUUCCACCUUUGAUGGGUUGGGCAGCAGCAAGCUCUCUAACUGAUCCAGGUGCAUGGUGUCUAGCAGGACUAUUAUACGCAUGGCAAUUCCCCCAUUUCAAUGCCUUGAGUCAUAACAUUAGAAAUGAAUAUAAGAAUGCUGGUUACGUUAUGACUGCAUGGAAGAAUCCUAGAUUAAAUGCUAGAGUGGCACUUAGAUACUCCUUAUUAAUGUUUCCUAUAUGUAUUGGUCUAGCAUAUUUUGGAGUUACUGACCCAUUCUACGCCAUUGAUUCAUCUAUUGCAAAUGUUUGGUUGACAUAUUGGGCGUUCAAAUUUUACUGGCAACAAAGAAAAAAUUAUACUAGAGCAGUUUUGGAUAAUAAAGAAUUGUUUAACAAAGGUAUGCACCAAUCAAAUAUUUUUGCAAGGAAGACUAUGUUGACUAGUGUCAUGCAGUUACCAGCUGUGUUACUGCUUGCGAUAUUCCACAAGAAGGAUCGUUGGAAGUGGUUAUUUGAUAAAGAUACAAAAUUGAAACCCGUAUAA